GCUCCAUCCAGAGCGCGGGGAGCAUCCUCCAACCCACGCCGGGCCGCCAGCAGCGGCAGGGCAGGACGAGGCUUCCCGGCUCCCGGGGAUCCCGAACGCCUCCUCCCCUCCUCCCUGUGCCCUGCCCGCGCUGCCGGAGCCGCAGCAUCGCCCGCAGGCAGCGCUCAGCACAGCCCGGCCCCUGUCCCCGGCGCGCAGGCAGGCACGGGCACAGCCCUGGGCUGAAAAGUCAUGACAGCUGAAAAGACUAUUCCUAUAAUUAAUGGCAAGCCAGAAGAUGCUUUGGACCCAGAAGCCUCAAGUACCAACCUCGUCCACAGCAACGAUAAGAAAGUUCAUGAAAGAGGUCACUGGAACAAUAAGGUUGAAUUUGUGCUUUCUGUGGCAGGGGAGAUUAUUGGGCUGGGAAACGUCUGGAGAUUCCCCUAUCUUUGCUACAAGAAUGGAGGAGGUGCUUUCCUCAUCCCCUACGUGGUGUUUUUUAUUUGCUGUGGAAUCCCAGUAUUUUUCUUGGAGACGGCCUUGGGACAGUUUACAAGUGAAGGAGGCAUCACAUGCUGGAGGAAAGUUUGCCCUCUCUUUGAAGGCAUUGGCUAUGCUACCCAAGUUAUAGAGGCACACCUAAAUGUAUAUUACAUCAUCAUUUUAGCAUGGGCUAUCUUCUAUUUGUUCAACUGCUUUACUACAGAGCUUCCCUGGGCUUCCUGUGGCCACGAAUGGAAUACAGAAAACUGUGUGGAAUUUCAAAAACUCAACAUGAGCAACUGCAGUCAGGUCUCUUUACAAAAUGCCACCUCUCCAGUGAUGGAAUUCUGGGAACGGAGGGUGCUGGCAAUUUCCGAUGGGAUUGAGCACAUUGGGAACCUGCGCUGGGAGCUCGCCCUGUGCCUCCUGGCUGCUUGGACUAUUUGCUAUUUCUGCAUCUGGAAAGGCACCAAAUCCACUGGAAAGGUGGUGUAUGUGACAGCCACGUUCCCCUACAUCAUGCUGAUGAUCCUCCUGAUCCGGGGCGUGACGUUACCCGGCGCCUCCGAGGGCAUCAAGUUCUACCUUUACCCCGACAUCUCCCGGCUCUCCGACCCACAGGUGUGGGUGGAUGCUGGCACCCAGAUCUUCUUCUCCUACGCCAUCUGCUUGGGGUGCCUGACAGCCCUGGGGAGUUACAACAACUACAACAACAACUGCUACAGAGACUGCAUCAUGCUCUGCUGCUUGAACAGUGGCACAAGCUUUGUUGCUGGUUUUGCUAUCUUUUCAGUUCUUGGAUUUAUGGCUUAUGAACAAGGCGUGCCCAUUGCAGAAGUUGCAGAAUCAGGACCAGGGCUUGCAUUCAUUGCUUACCCUAAAGCUGUCACCAUGAUGCCUCUGUCUCCUCUGUGGGCAGCUCUGUUCUUCAUGAUGCUCAUUUUCCUGGGUCUGGACAGUCAGUUUGUGUGUGUGGAAAGCAUCGUGACAGCCGUGGUGGACAUGUACCCCAAGGUGUUCCGCAGGGGCUACAGGAGGGAGCUGCUCAUCCUCGGCCUCUCCGUCGUCUCCUACUUCCUCGGCCUCAUCAUGUUAACUGAGGGUGGGAUGUAUGUGUUCCAGCUCUUUGACUCCUAUGCAGCCAGUGGGAUGUGCCUGCUCUUUGUGGCCAUAUUUGAGUGUGUCUGCAUAGGCUGGGUGUAUGGCAGCAAUCGCUUUUAUGAGAACAUUGAAGACAUGAUUGGGUACAAGCCUGUGUCGUUGAUUAAGUGGUGCUGGAUGGUCCUAACUCCAGGUAUUUGUGCAGGAAUCUUCAUCUUUUUCCUGGUGAAAUACAAGCCCCUGAAGUACAACAAUGUGUACAUCUACCCUGACUGGGGCUACGGCAUCGGGUGGAUGAUGGCGCUCUCCUCCAUGGUCUGCAUCCCGCUGUGGAUCUGCAUCAAGCUCUGGAAGACAGAGGGCACCUUCAUGGAGAAAUUCAGGAAGCUGAUUACACCCAGCUCAGACCUGAAAAUGCGGGGCAAGCUCGGAGGAGGAGCCUACAUUGCAGCAAUAAAUGACUGCGAUGCCAAACUGAAAGGAGAUGGCACCAUUUCCACCAUCACAGAAAAGGAGACACAUUUCUGAAAGAACUUUUUUUUUUUUCCUUGUUUUAUUUUUUUUUGUAUAAAGAAAUAAAUAAAUUCACUUAAUUAUAGAGGCUGGCUUGUUUUGCACAGAAUUUUAUUAACCAGUUAAUUUUAAAGUGAAAAUUGUAUACUUGUUUAAAAAGUGAUUUUUUUAAAUUACUCUAUCCAUAAUGAUUCUGUAAAAGAAAAAGAAAUAGUAUUAUAUGGUCUGUUAGUGAUGACUUCUUGUAAUAUGGUGAUUCCAGUCAAUAUUUUUUUUUUUUAGACUUUAGAGGGACCUGUAUAAUGUGCUGUAAAACUUUUCUACUUUGAUUUGUGGCAGGUGUAAUGUUGUAUAGAUCUUCUAACCUGUAAGCAUUUCAGCCCAUUUCAGCUGUCCAUGUGUGUAUAUAAAGGGGACCAGCCUGUCCUGUGGUUUGCUUGGGAAGAAAUCUCCUUUCAGGGCGAGUUUGGUGAUGCUGACAGCGCCUCAGCUGCUCCCAUCUCCUUCCCUCCACCCUCCACUGGCUUCAGCAGGGCUGGAAAUGUGGAAUGGGCCCAUCCUGAGCCACUGUUUUCCUGAAGAUUGGAUAGAGGCUGGUUCUGAAGGGCUCUGAAUUUUGCUGCUGUAAGUUCCUGGUCUCUGUCAGGGUGUGCUCCCAAACAUUUUCCAUUUUCCUCCAUGGGUGGCUCCUCCUGAAGUUUGGCCAGCACUUCCCACUCCUUGGAGUGACCUGUGUUUGUGUGUGUGCUCCUCCAGCAGGAGAUCAAGGUGAUUUCAAAGAGCUGCAGAUGUCCUGAGGGGAAAAGAACAGGUUUAGGGGCAGGUUUAGGGCUCUCUCUGUCUGUACAACUCAUUCCCCUGCACAGGAAUCCAGGAUCCUACAGUGCAGCCCUACCCAGCUCCUCUGCUGGCACAGGGUGGGCUUUGGGGUGUCCUGUGCAGGGCCAGCAGCUGGGCUGGACAAUCCUUGCAAUUCAGGGGGUUCUCAUUCCUCUUCAAGGCCCUUCCCAGGUCCCCUCAGAUCAAGCACUGCUUCCCCUGCCCUGCUGGGAUGGAGAUUGAAGUCAGAGCAGGGCUUUCUUUAGCAGGAGUUGGGGUGAUGUCCUGGAUGCAUGGAGGAGCCCCAGGAGGGGUCAUUCCUGUGUGGUGCAGGGAGGGGACUCACCCAGGGCUCCUGUGAGCCCUCGGUGGCACAGAGGGAGCAGCACUGGGUGUGUCAGUCAGGCCCUGCUCUGGGCUGACUCCCUGGCUUUGAAGCUGGUUUUGUACGUGGAUCCAGCUGCUGGAGGGUUGUUCCAGGAGGUGUGCAGAUGCCCCAGUAUGAAAACUCCUCAACUCUGUCUUAGGAUAUGGGGGUUUUUUACCUGAUAAUAUUCCAAACAUGGUUAUUUGUUCUGGACUAUUUUUUCUUGGCUUGUUUUUGUUGUUUGAUGGUUGUGUGAGAAACCUGUGGAGGAACAGCAUCCUGCACUGCACAGGAUUUGGGAACAGAGACAAGAGACAGCCCAGAAGAAAUGUCAUAAAAGCUGCUGCCUUCUCUGCAACUCCAACCCACUGGAGCUCAGACACAGCACCUGGAGUUGCAAGCAACAGAAAUGGCUCCUGACCUUCUCCCAAGGAAAUAUUUCCCUAGAAAUCACUAAAUAUAUCUUAAUAUUGGCUAGAACUGUACCUGCAGUCAGCACUUCUCUGAGCUCUUGCUGUUACUUCUUUAAAAAAAAGCAUUUUUAUGGAACUGCUUUGUCUCAAGUCACUUCAUUAAACCUAAUAGAGCCAUUUCAUUUUUACUUUA